GUUGAUGUCGUGAAACACUCGUAUAGCUGGAGUGUUUUCCUUGAAACGAAUUGUGGAUCAAGAUGGCGGCAUACGGUGCUGAACGGUGGUUGGAUGCCUUACCAAACCAUGGCAUUUUCAAAAAAAUACGACAGAACCUGAGUCUGGAUUCCAGCGCAAAUGAAAGGGGGGCCGCUAAAAACCUCACCUUUUGUUUGGGUGCGGACUUCUUCGUGUGGGACGACGCAGACCGCGUGUUUUACACGACCAAUUUGCGGCAGUUAAACUCGGAAGAGAGUAGCGGGAACUAUCAAACACUGCUGUGUAUUAACCCUCCUCUCUUCGAAGUGUGCCAGGUGUUGCUAAGUCCAACGCAGCACCACGUCGCUCUUAUCGGCCAGCGGGGUGUCUCUGUGCUGGAGCUUCCUCUGCGGUGGGGCAAGAGGUCCGAAUUCGAGGGUGGAAAGAGCGAAAUCAACUGCAAGACCAUCCCGGUGGCGGAGCGCUUCUUCACCAGCUCGCCGUCGGUGAAUCUGCGGCAGGCUGCUUGGUACCCCAGCGAGGCCGACGAGCCCCACCUGGUGCUGCUCACAUCCGACAACACAAUUAGAUUCUAUGGUUUGAAGUCGCCCCAGACAUUGGCCAAAGUCCUGCCAGUGUCGCAGUCGGAAGAUGACAGCAGCGUCCAUCCUCCGGCCCGUUCCUACGCAGCAUCUCUUGGAGAGAUAGCGGUGGCGUUUGACUUCGGGCCCGUUACGUCGCCCCCUCGGCAGCUGACGGCACGGUGCUCCAAAGAACAGCUGGUCUACCCUCUGUACAUCCUCUACGAAAAUGGGGAGACCUAUCUGAGCUAUACAAGCCAAGCAAACGGUCUGAGCAUAAGUAAACCCGUUGGACCCCUGCCGAUGUAUCCUGCAGCAGAAGAUAACUACGGCUACGAUGCUUGCGCCAUUCUGUGCCUGCCGUGUGUUCCCGGUAUCCUGGUCAUCGCCACAGAAACUGGCACGCUGUAUCACUGUGUGGUGUUGGAGUCUGAGGAAGAGGAGGAGGCGGGGGCAGUGGAAAAGUGGAUCCGAGGCUCAGAGGUGGUGCCGGCUCUCUACGUGUUUGAGUGUGUCGAGCUAGAGCUCACCCUCAAAGUAGCCACAGGAGAGGAUGAGGAGCCUCAAGAGUUUGAUUUCACCUGCCCGAUCAGACUGCACAGGGACCCUCUGUGCCAGCACAGGUAUCACUGCACCCACGAAGCAGGAGUACACAGUGUGGGGCUAAUCUGGGUCAACAAGCUGCAGAAGUUCCUCCAGUCAAAUGAGGAGGAUAAGGACAGUCUCCAGGAGCUGGCUGCUGAGAAGCGAUGUAUUGUAGAGCACAUUCUUUGUACCAGACCGCUACCGACCAGUCAGUCGGCUCCGGUCCGUGGCUUUUUGAUUUUGUCUGACCUUUCCUUGGGCGCCACCAUGAUCUGCAUCACCAGCACCUAUGAAAGCAUUCUGUUGCCCUUGCUAAGCUCCAUUCGCCCCCCCUCCCCUCCCCUGCUUUGUUCCAGUCCGGGUCCAGGCUCUGGUAGCUCCCCUCUACGCGGGCUGGCUGACAACUCCUUCGAGCAGCACAUCCGGAACAUCUUGGCCCGAAGCUCCACCAAUCCUCUUGUGCUUAAGGCUGGGGACAAGGACACAUCACCACCCCCUUCGGAGUGUCUGCAGCUCCUCAGCAGGGCCACACAGGUCUUCAGCGAGGAGUACAUUCUCAAGCAGGACUUGGCCCGUGAAGAGAUGCAGAGGAGGGUGAAACUCCUGACAGGUCAGAAGAACAAGCAGCUGGAGGAGCUGGCUCUGUGCAAGGAGGAGAGGAUGAGUCUGACAGAGGCAGCCGAGAGGUUGGCUGAUAAGUACGAAGAUGCAAAGUAUCGUCAGGAGACCAUUAUGAACAGGGUCAAAAGAGUACUGGGCAGCCUGCAAAGCCAACUGCCUAUACUGUCAAACAGUGAAAAGGAAAUGAAGAAGGAGCUGCAAACCAUCAGCGAUCAACUGAAGCACCUGGACAACUGCAUCAAACAGGUGAACAUGAAGAUGGAGUACCAGAAGACACAAGUGGACAAGGAAGCGCCUGCAGCCAGGACAACAGUGUCACUCAAUGCCCAACAGAAGAAGGUUGUUCAGGAUGUCCUCAGACAACAGGGACAGCAAAUUGGUGACAUGAUGAAACAAAUCAAAGACAUCAAAAAUCAUAUCAGUUUCUAGGGACUGCAGUGAUCAGAAGAAAUGUUUUGGAAACAGCUGGGGAUUAUCGCUCAAAUGUGUUUUUGACUACACUUAUUAAAUCUUGCUUAACUGAAAUCUAUUUUGUAUACACUGAUCAGUUGACCUUUGAUACUACGUGUUUUGUCUCUUAAUAACUAUACAAUAGCUUUUCCUUUUUGUCUUGCAUAACAUAUUUGCAUAUUUGUUUACAUGGCUUUCUGAAUGUGAAGGUUUCAGUCUGUGCUUUUGUCAGAGCACAAUAUGCUUUGUGUAGGCAGGGAAAAUGGGAAAUAUUUUGAGCAUAUAUAUUUUCAACAUUCUCAUUGUUUGGAUUAAUUAAAAAAAAUUAAAGUUCUCUCUAACUAACUUU